AACGAAACCUCGGGGCAUCCCUCGCAAGGAAGCUGAACUCCUGGCCUUCAAGCAAGUCAAUCCGUAUCACGCCCAUCCACGCUUUUCCUUCUCCGCUCGUUUUGAUCCAAGCUUCACUCCUUUCACACCAGCCAUGGAUUUUGUUCCUCAAAACGAGUACCCCGCCGACUCGGCCUCCAUCGCACAAGUCAACGACAAUUAUCAGCAUGACGAGUCCACGGCGAUCCCAGCCAUGCCCCCUUCACAUCAAGCCACGGCCACGCCGCCCCUAGACAACAAUGACACGAACCAGCGGUAUAACUCGCCGAGCCUGUACCCUCAGUCGAAUUCGAGGCCGGGAUCCGGGAUGGGCGGCUAUCAACAGACAACACAGUACCCGGAAAACAGACAGUCGCAGCAGUCCUCCAACAACAAGAGCAGUGUUGUCAUCAAGGUGGGGAUGGUCGGAGAUGCACAGAUAGGCAAGACGAGUCUCAUGGUCAAAUAUGUCGAAGGUAGCUGGGAUGAAGACUACAUCCAAACUCUAGGCGUGAACUUUAUGGAAAAGACAAUCUCCAUACGCAACACCGAAAUCACAUUCUCGAUUUGGGACUUGGGUGGCCAACGUGAAUUCGUCAACAUGCUGCCACUGGUCUGCAACGACGCCGUGGCCAUUUUGUUCAUGUUCGACCUCACCCGCAAAUCCACCCUCAACAGCAUCAAGGAAUGGUACAGGCAGGGAAGAGGUUUCAACAAGACCGCCAUACCUUUCUUGAUCGGCACAAAAUAUGAUCAUUUUGUCAAUUUCCCCAGAGAAGAUCAAGAGGAGAUAAGCAACCAGGCACGACGCUUCGCCAAAGCCAUGCGGGCCUCUCUGAUCUUCAGCAGCACGAGUCACAGCAUAAACGUGCAAAAGAUCUUCAAAAUCGUUCUAUCGAAAGCCUUUGACCUGAAAUGCACGAUCCCAGAGAUCGAGAACGUCGGCGAACCUCUCCUCCUCUAUCAGUCGGUUAAUUGAGGCUGCUCAAUGUCCUCCUGUAAUGAACAAACCGACUGCCCUUUCUUGUCCUCGAGAGGCACCGUUACUUGGUGUUUUUUUUGCCCAAGCUUUGUUUUGGCAGCAGUAAAGAUAAGGGGGAUAGGAAAACAAUCGCGAUGCCUACGUGAUCAUGAUUUUGCAGGACGAAAUGCCGACACGACAGAAGAUUUUGCCUCUUAUCCCCUUUUUUUCCCGAAUCACACCCUCACUCGAACGAACGACUUGCAUCCGUCUCUCAGUCACGCUGGCUGUGCUCGACACACGAAAACAUCCCCAAAACCGCUCCCCAAUACUGCUCCCCAAAGGACUCUCUGCCUUCCGAGUCAAGAGUAAUGAUAAUUCACACGCACUCUCUCCUUCUCUCCCUUGACUUUUGGCAGCACGACACACAACCCACCACAAUCACGGGGCUCCAGCACCUCCGGAACCAACCGACCAACCACUGUCACAGUUAUCUUGUGUUUCUAUAUCCUUUUUUCUUUUUCGUGUCUCAAACGAUGUUUUCAUGUCGAAGUCUAGAGAUCAGGAAACGGCACAUCCAUUCGCAAGCGUUGGUGGGUGCGUGCUUGCCUUGGACCUUUCUAGAAUUCACUUUACGAGUCAUCCAACAGGACCAUUGCUACUUGGACGAGGGCGAACGUGUCAUGCAAGAGUCUUCUUAUAUUGUCUGGUGCAGUUCAAAGCAUGACCCAUCACAACCCUGCGAACCGUGGGUACAUGAGGGGAUGAGAAUGCCAAAAGGGGGGAAAUUGCGUGCAAGAAAAAGCAGAAGAACCAGAACCAGCGAGUCGUGUCUGCCUGAAUGAUCCGACUCGACAGAAGAGGGGAAUGAAAGAAGGUCUAUCAUUGAAUGAAAUCGGAUCCCGAGUCAUCCCAUCGCCAGGCUCGUCCUAUACUCUCCGCGAGACAGGGCAAGGCACGAAUUACCCAGUCUCCCCAUGAUCGUAAUGGAAAAAAAGGACAAGAAUGAACCAUCGAGAACACUAUUGAACAGG